AUGCUCAAUUUCACCGAUGUGACAGAGUUCAUUCUUUUGGGGCUAACCAGCCAUCGGGAAUGGCAAGUUCUCUUGUUCAUCGUUUUUCUUGUGGUCUACAUUAUCACCAUGGUGGGCAAUAUCGGCAUGAUGUUGUUAAUCAAGGUUAGUCCUCAGCUUAACAGCCCCAUGUACUUUUUCCUCAGUCACUUGUCAUUUGUUGAUGUGUGGUUUUCUUCCAAUGUCACCCCUAAAAUGUUGGAAAACCUGUUAUCAGAUAAAAAAAAAAUUUCUUAUGCUGGCAGUUUAGUACAGUGUUUCUUCUUCAUUGCUCUUGUCCAUGUGGAAAUUUUUAUUCUUGCUGCGAUGGCCUUUGAUAGAUACACAGUGAUUGGAAAUCCUUUGCUUUAUGGCAGCAAAAUGUCAAAGGUUGUCUGUAUUUGACUGAUUACUUUCCCUUACAUUUAUGGUUUUCUGACGAGUCUGGCAGCAACAUUAUGGACUUAUGGCUUGUACUUCUGUGGAAAAAUUGAGAUCAACCAUUUCUACCGUGCAGAUCCACCUCUCAUCAAAAUGGCCUGUGCCGGGACCUUUGUAAAAGAAUAUACAAUGCGCAUACUUGCCGGCAUCAACUUCACAUAUUGCCUGACUGUAAUUAUCAUCUCUUACUUAUUCAUCCUCAUUGCCAUUCUGGGAAUGCGCUCAGCAGAAGGAAGGCAGAAGGCCUUUUCCACAUGUGCGUCCCAUCUGACAGCUGUCAUCAUAUUCUACGGUACUCUGAUCUUCAUGUAUCUCAGACAUCCCACAGAAGAGUCUGUGGAGCAGGGGAAGAUGGUGGCUGUGUUCUAUACCACAGUGAUCCCCAUGUUGAAUCCCAUGAUCUACAGUCUGAGGAACAAGGAUGUGAAAAAGGCCAUGAUGAAAGUGAUCAGCAGAUCACGUUAA